AUGUUAGCGAGUACCAACAUCCUUGCCAAGCAUGCUAAAUCUCUGUCCACAUUUGGCAGUGCACAGUUCCAGAUUAGCUUUGAAGAAAUGCGACGAAGAAGAAACACAGGCAUGCUACUUGUAUGGAGGCUGUGUGCAUGCCUGGUGCUUCUGAACCGGCUCCACGCCUUGCCUGUCCAGAAUAUGACGCCAUCACUGCUACGAUUCCAUGGGCAAGACAAGGCACACCACUUCUCUCCCGAUGAGCGAGGUGGUCACGACGAGAUCUCUCUCGACGACCCUGGCAGAGGGAUGAACGCCUUUCGAGUCGACGACGACUUGGAAGGAUCGAAGAUGGCCGCAGGAGAGGAGGAUGACCGCAUGGGCCGAAACUACUACAACAGGAUACUGAGGAAGAAGGCAGCGAUCACCCGAGGGCCCCGUCCGCAGGUUCGGCCCGAGCGGCGCGAGAAAUGCGACGAUGACCGGGACUGCAGGCGCUCGCCCAGCCAGAUCUGCAUCAAGCACGCCCGCGAGCCGUACGGUCGCUGCCAGUGCCCCUUCUACCGUCCCGUCGAAGCCACCUUUAACGGCGUCGUGCGAUGCGUCACCGCCAAGGACUUGUUUGACGAGUGUCGAAGCAACGAGGAGUGUGCGGCCACUAACCCGUACCUGGAGUGCGUCAACAGGCUGUGCUCCUGCCAGCCUCCCCACGUCCUCAAAGACCACGUUGAAUGCAUUGGCGGCGAUUCAGUACAGGAGUGGAUCUCCUGGCUCAUUCCUGUGGCAGUUCUUGCUGUGAUAGGAGUUGGGAUGGCUGCCUGGCUGAUAUCGAAGCGCAACAAGAAGUCGAGCUCGGGUUCGGGCAACAGCGAUGACGAUGACGCGGAAGACGCGCCGGCUGCCGGUCCCGGAGCGUCUAGCUCCCGCCAGCAGACCCAAGUACAACGUCAGCAGUCGACACAGCAGGCGCCUGAGUCACGCUAUCGUGGUUACAGCGGCGAAGCUGGUGGGGCCGUGCCCAAGGGCUACCAGUACAGCGACAUGCUCAGCCGUCUCAACGUCCCACAAAUGAAGGACUGGGUCCGUGUCCCGAAGGGAUUAAGGGGGAACAACCAAUGCACCCUCGAUAGUGCUGGGGGAGGAGGUGCCGCGGAUCAGAACCGGGUGAUGUGGGCCCAGCAGGCGUUUACCUCUCUGGCGUCGCCCAUCUACCAGAACAAGCUGGUGAGGCGGCUGAUGGCGGGCAAGGGCGCCUCCAGCUCGUACCCGGACUCGUCCAGCGUCGCCGAGCCAAUACCACCCCGCUCGGCGAUGGCCAGUCCGGCACCACCCUCGGCCCUAUCGGCCCGCUACGGCAGCGAGGGACCGCCGCUGCCCAAAUCGCUGCAGGAGUCCCUUCGCAGGAUUGCGGCGCCCAGUGGUCGCUCGUCGCAGCGCUUGCAGCCUAAUCAGCGUCGGGCCACGCUGGCUACCUGCAGCGACGAGGCGUCUUCGUUCCGCUCGUUCCCGGUGCCUGGGGCCCGCUCCGGGAAGCCGCAGCGCUACGCGGCCGAUGACGAUGAUGACGAUGAAGAGCCGCGGGCGCCCCUGACAAGGCUGCGCAACCGCAGCAGUUCUCGUUACUCGGCGGCUGCGCGCGAGCCCAGGACGCGCAGCGAGUCCAGCGACGCGCUGCCGACGUCGGCGCGCAAAGUGUUAUUUGCAAACUAUAAGAAAUAGAAAGUAA